AUGAAGAGCAACUCUAACACCAAGCUUAUCCUCUUCCACCCUUCCCUUCACAAACAAACCUUAGCAACAGGUGGUGGAGCAAUACUACCAUCUCAUCGUCUCUGGCUCUUUUUUUCCCUCACUUUCUUCACCUUACUCUUCACUUUAACCCUCAUCAACACCAUCAUCCCUUCCCUCGGAACAACCUCCGCCGCCACCGCCUCCUCCGCCUCUCCUCUCCCACCCUCCGUCACCAAAGCCCUCCUCCACUACGCCUCCUCCUCCAACGCCACCGCCAAAUCCAUGUCUUCCGCCGAGAUCAACGCCAUCGCAACCGUUCUCCUCCGCAACCCACACCCAAACUUCCUCAUCUUCGGUCUCACCCACGAGUCCCUGCUCUGGUUCGCACUGAAUCACCUGGGGCGCACGGUGUUCCUCGACGAAAACGAAUACAUCAUUUCCAAAUUCGAACAAUCUAACCCUGGUGUCGAAGCCUACGAUGUUCAGUUCACGACCAAAGUUAGCGAGUACCCUCAAUUGCUUUCACAUGCCAAAGCACAUUCCAAGAACGAUUGCAGGCCCGUUCAGAAUCUCUUGUUCUCCGAAUGCAAGCUCGGAAUCAACGAUUUGCCGAACCAUAUAUACCAAAUCCCUUGGGACGUUAUUCUAGUUGAUGGGCCGCGCGGGUAUUUUCCGGCGGCUCCGGGGAGGAUGUCGGCGAUCUUCACCGCCGCCGUGCUGGCCCGGAGCAAGAAAACCGGGGGCGGAAAAGCCAGCAAGACCCAUGUUUUCGUGCAUGAUUUCGGGAGAGAGGUGGAGAGGAUUUUCAGCAAUGAGUUUCUGUGCCAAGAGAAUUUGGUCCACAAGGUGAAUUCGUUGGGGCAUUUCGUGUUGGAUAGUGAAAUUAACGGAGAAAGCUCUGAGUUUUGCAGAAAUUCGAACUCGCCGUUAUCUUUGUCGUCAUUGCCGUCAUCAAAGGAUGUCGGCGAAGAAGAUGAUUAAGGAAUUACCGUGGAGUUUCACAUCAUGUGUAAA